AGGAAUUAUUUGGAAUUAAAUUAAAGAAACUAAAAUAAAAAUUUCAAGAACUUAUACCAUACAAAUCGGCGGCGCAUCCGCAUGCGAACCAAAGAGGCGGUGCUCCGCUCUUCGCCGCCGGCGGCCGAAUAAAAAAAAGCUACAUAUCACCGUCGGAGCUAAUUAAGUAAUCCAUCAAAAUAUGGAGGCAGAUCUAGCGGAUUACAUGCCAUGCUCUUCUAUCGCAGUCGAUUCCGUAUUACGUAUGAGCUCCGCUGGAGUGAUCUGGGGUGCUUGUUAUGGCCCUUUUGAUGCUGAAAGACUAGGUCUUUCUGGCAGCUCCCGAGCAUCGUACAUUGCCAAAACUGUUGGAAAGUGCGGGUUUUAUUGCGGACUAUUUGCUGGAAUAUUUUCUUUUGCUCACUGUGGAAUACAAAGAUAUCGGCGGCGGAAAGACUGGGUUAAUACUUUGUCAGCUGGUGUUGUUGCUGGGGCAGCUUUCGGUGCUGGAACCCGGAACUGGAAGCAAGUCGCUGGUAUUACUGGCCUUUUUUGUACAUUUUUUCAGUUUGCCAAGGACUCAAAAUCUGUAUGAUGCGUAAUCUUCAAGAUUUCUAUAGAGGCAAGCAAGGCAACUUGAUUUUUCUAUCACAUCUUCCAUUUCUAUUAUAGUUUUCUUCAUUGGAUUUCCAUUUUCUAUGACAUUCUCCACUUUACUUGAAGGUGUGAUUGGUUUGCCACUUAGUUUGUAGACAUUUGACACAGGCAGCCACUCUCCUCCACAAUGCAAUGAAGCUCAUUCUGUUCUUUACCUUGGUAACACGAGAUUGAGAAAGCAAUGCUAUCAUUUUGACAUUUUCUAUUUGCAGCGAUGUGGUUUACUCAACUCUCAUCGAGUCUUACAUUUUGCUUUUGCAAAAGUAUGGAUAAUUGUUUGAAGGGAACAUAAGGAAAUGCAGGUAGUUUUUCUGGAGGUUGAGUAGCAUCGUAAAGGAUUCGUUGGUUUGAUUUUCUCACUCCAUGAAUAUGUUGCAUCUCAUAUUUUACUUCAUCACUACACGUGAAUUGUGUAUCUAGUGCAUGAAUAUGGCAUUCAAAAAUCAAAACAUAUAAAUUCUACCCAUUUAUGACUAUUUUAUCCUUUACUGAUUGAA